AUGGGUGGUAGCGGCGCUGACUCUGCUCCACCAAUAGGGAGAGCGCAGAUGGCCGGGGCGGCUGCUUCCUGGAGACCGCAGGUGUAGGAGGAAGAAGCAGAGCGCCCCGAGCCGGACGGGCUUCUGAAUCUGGCAGGAGACAACUUGGAGGAACAGACGCAGAGGGGUUGAGAGGAGAUUAAGUUGGACUCCUACCUGAUCCCCCACUGUGGUAGGAUGAAUGUGGGGGUGGCACACAGCGAAGUAAACCCCAACACUCGAGUGAUGAAUAGUCGGGGCAUCUGGCUGGCCUACAUCAUCUUGGUAGGACUGCUGCAUGUGGUUCUACUCAGCAUCCCCUUCUUCAGCAUUCCUGUUGUCUGGACCCUGACCAACGUCAUCCAUAAUUUGGCUAUGUAUGUUUUCCUACAUACGGUGAAAGGGACACCCUUUGAGACUCCCGACCAAGGAAAGGCUCGGCUACUUACACACUGGGAACAGAUGGACUACGGGCUCCAAUUUACCUCUUCCCGCAAAUUCCUCAGCAUCUCUCCUAUUGUACUCUACCUCCUGGCCAGCUUCUACACCAAGUAUGAUGCUGCUCACUUCCUCAUCAAUACAGUCUCAUUGCUCAGCGUACUGCUGCCUAAGUUGCCCCAAUUCCAUGGGGUUCGCCUCUUUGGCAUCAACAAAUACUGAGGGAUGGUCUGGGAACAUUGGAACAAAGGGUUGUAACUUCUCUCCUUUCUCCAAACUGUCUUUGGUAUCCUGAAACCCUGAGAACUAUACAACCUUUCCCAUACUCCUACUGGAAACUCUAACUUUUCCCAAGUUUUUGUUGGAAAAUGGGGUUCUCUGAGCCUAGCCCUGCUAGGAGCAGGAUUUCUUUGAAUCAGGAAAGACAGGUGAGGUAAGGGCCAAAUCACUCUCCUGCACAGCAGGAAACCAUGUUUGGGCAGCUUUUUCGUUGUGUUUCCGUAUCAUCCACUCCCACUACCUUCCAGCUCUGUUUUGCUAUGUAUUUCUUCUAAUAAAGGUAAUUUUUUCAUA